AUGAGGGGAGAAGGUGUUGAGAGGGAUGAGUGGCUGGUGGGCCUGCAGCUCUUCAUGGAUGUGCGGCUUCGAACCGUGCCGUUUCACGUGGCGUCUCGUAAUCGUCCCGGCGUGUCUGUCCCCCUGCCGAUUCCCAACACGCAGUACAUCAUGGAUGGAAUCAUGUGGAGCGUGCGUGAUUACAUUGCGUGGGCUCCCAAUGCCUGGCUGACGAUUCAAAAUCAUCUACAGAGCUGCUCGCAGCGCUACACCCAGCUGGCUGAACGGCUGUCAGAGUCUCAUGCACACAAUAAUUUCCAGGACGGUGCGGAGGUGGAGCGUGAGCGUCUCUACUCCAGCCACGCGUACGUGCAGGACCGUUACGUUGCCUUCUGUGCCGUUGAUGCCUUUUUACGCCAUGUUGCAGAGGCGUCGCAAUCGACUGCACGAGAGGCGGCCGAAAAAGAGCUGCCGCGUCUUGUAGCGGACCACAUGCCCAUCUGGCAGCUGGCACGCAGUCAAUAUAUGCACGAUGCUGUGGAGGACUACCGGCUACUGUUUUUGGACGUGCUGCGAUCGUGGACGGUCACGAAACUUCUGCGCCCCGACACGCAUCGUCGAAUAGAAGAGUACGUGCGGUAUAAGCUAAAAACACUGCGGGACAACUCCACGACUCAUGAGGGCGACCAGAACGUUGGCCGCCGUUCGUCGGAGGCAAUUAGCGCCGGGUUGCGUGUGCUGCUUGCUGGCGCGGGGCCGUCGCAGUCGUCGACCUCAUCCCUGUCCUCCUCGUCCCCGUCGGCACCCGCAACAAUUGACGUUGUGCGCAGGAAUAUGAGAGAAUUUGUUGUUGCCAUUUUUCCUUCGCAUCGUUCCGAUUCUGGGAGGAAGCGCUGCGCCCACUGCGGCGCCAUAUUCAGGACUCUCGCUGCAAAGAUUGCGCAUUACCGCUACCACUUCUACAACCGCAGUUACUUGACAGGGGAGAAAAUUGUUCGUCUGCCAUACCCCACACUUGAGGACUACAUCUCUCACGAGGUGACGUCCCGAGUCACGGGGGACUUUGUACGCGUCACGGAGAAUCUUUUGGACGUCCUACGCGUGCCGGAAAAACGAACCGUGCACGUGCGGAAGGAGAAGCAGGAAAAAAAGCCCUCGUGA